AUGGCAGCGCAUUUUGAGAUUGCAGAAGCAAAGCCUGUAGAUGCUGAAGCAAUAGCGUCACUCUUUGCACUUUCGUGGGUCUCACCUUUCACCAGAUUGCAGUUUGGCGAGAUCGAUCCAACGGAGCUGGCGACCUCCAUGGCACCCCGCAUUGCAGAGCAGAUAGUAAGAGUGAGCUCAAAAUUUAUCGUGGCGCGUCACGUGGAGACGGGUAAUAUUGCAGCUAUUGCGCAAUGGACAACGCCUGUGGAAACGGACUCCAAGCAGGAGUUGGAAGAGGACCGCGACGAGCGCCAGCAAUUUGAAGAUGAAGCAUAUAGACGCGGUUUACCUGAAAGUAGCAACAAGGAUCUUGUCAUGGCGUUUACACUGGGAUUGCGACAAUUGAGGGAGGACACCUUGCAAGGACGAAAGCAUUACCUUUUGGAGAAUCUGGCGACGCACCCUGAUUAUCGCGGCAAAGGCCUAGCGAGCCAAUUAGUCGAGUGGGCAUCGUCUCUUGCAGAUGAACAGCAGGUGCUGGUGUACCUGGAUACAGCGAGCGACAAUCCUGCUGGCCGAUUGUACAAGAAGCUUGGUUUUGAAGAGCAAGGCAGGAACACCAUCAGCGACCUUACCAACUACGCUGCCACCGAUACUCUCAAAAGGCUUGGUUGUGGGUCUGAGCAUACGCACGUUGCCUUUCUGCGCUUUCCACGCUUACAAGUUCAACUCGACCGUGCAGUCAAUGACGACGAUUACGGUGAGGAGGAAACGACAUGCCAUGAUCCAGACUCCGAGCCUGUGCCGCCCUUGGUACAAUACACACCAGCGUUUGCUGAAGCUGAAGCGCUGAUCCGGUCCCUUGUGCGAAACAUCCACGGUCACAUCUUGAAAGAGGAACAAGACUCUGAGUCUACAUACAUAGCAGAACGAACAAUCGCAGUAGAGAGUCCCGCUUAUUCGCCAGCGUAUGUCGUCGGCAUCUCAGGCAAUUCGGGCAUCGGGAAAUCUACCCUCAUCAACGCGAUUCUGGGCAUCAUAUCUCUGUGUCCUACGAGUGAGAACGAUGCCGGGACACUCGUUCCGAUGGAGCUUGUGCAGGCUCCAGAUGACCAAAUACGACCGUUCGCAGCGCAUGUUGAGCUUUUUUCUCUCGAAAGCUGUCUUAACAUGAUAAAAUGGGCUGUGAAAGAUUACUUCCAUAGUUUCGUCAGCUCCGAAGCUGACGCUGACGAUGGCCAAGAUGUCGAUCGCGGCUCUCCAGCACUCAAAAUCCUUCUAGCAGUAUUCUGCGGCUGUGAAGGCUUCGAAGAUGGAGACUCGACCAGCGAAACCCUUGGAGAGCUUCAGUCAGAAGACGAUCCACACAUCUUGGGCAAGCUGCUGAACUUAACGCGAGAUAUCUACCGGCAACUGGCAGCCUACAUCGGGAAAGGCCCGCUCCUUGCAGGCACUGCUGAAGAGCUUGCCGAGACUAUCGAGCCGUUCAUACAGACAGCGGCUUCACCAAUGAUAGAUGUCGGAUGCGACACUUAUCUUGAAAGUUCAGUCUGGCCUUUCGUUAAGCUUGCGAAAAGAAUCACGGAUACCAACCGCUACCGUGUCCGUGCUACAAAAGUAUACUUGCGUAAAUGCAACUUCAUUCUGGUCGCUCACGCAAACACUCGAGCGGGUGAUGACCCGGGCUUCAAGUCCAAUGUCCUGGCAUUACAGAAAAUCGGAAAUGCCAAGAAUGUCAAGGUGCCAUACACUUUAGACGAACAAGGUCGUUUGAAGUCUAUCGAAGACCACGAAAAGCUCGUCAAAGCCGAGCAGAAGCAACUUACAGCUAACCUGAAGAGUGCAAAGAAAAACUCUCUUAGCGACCUGGUCGACGAACUCCAGCGUAAGGAGAAGUUGUACAAGCUACACUUACAACAUGCAGAUAGUCUCCGCAGGCAGACCGUGGUAGCUGCUCGUGUACGUCAGGUCAGGUCAGAGCUACAGACAUGGUUCCGGAACAAGACCAAAGAUUCUAGUGACUUGCUUGUAUUCUGCGUCAGCAGUGAGCAAUACCUGAAGCAUGUUCAGGAUUACGCAUUAUUGAGUCCUCCGGAUCUGCCGUUAGAUCUCACCGGUAUACCACAACUUCGGCACUUGAUCCUCACACUACCGGGCAGACUUGGGAAGAAGGAAGCUUUGGUACACCAUUUCACGAACGUAGUACCAGGACUACUCAACGCCAUCUCGCUAUCCUGUGCAGGGUUCAGGCCAAUGAUGAAACGGGAGCAUCUUGCUAAGAUCAUAAAAGAGACAAGAUUGGAGAUCCCUUCUCAGUAUCGUCGCGCUCGACAAGAGUUUUGGACAUCGUCUGUGGCCACAGUCCUGAGCAAGAUUGAGCUAUCCGAAAGCGCCUGGCUCGACAAGGCGGCCAAGUUAAUAGCUCGAUGGACGAAGCCUGCCGACUGGAAGCCCAUCAGCUUUUACACGUUCUUGCGGCACGAGGGUGCUUGGAAGACUCCAUCUUGCGGCCGCGCGGACUGGAACCAGGAAUUGUUGGCUCUUGCGAACGAGAGCUUGCGCCCAGAUUUCGAUGCUCUUUGCGACAUUGGCUUGAAAUCGUUCCGAACCGAGAGACUGCAAACGUUGUCGGAGACACUCUAUGACAUGGAGAAAGACAUUAAGUCUAACCUGGACUCAAACCAGUUCGGCGCAUUCCACGACUUCUUCGAUAACCUCGGCAAACAGAGACGUGGCGUCGAGAUUGCUAUCAAAGAAGCCACUGCAACUUUGGAAACCAAGCUUCGCCACCUUUUCCACGACUCGCUCACGAGUGGAGACACCAACCCGUUCACGAAGAAGAUGAGUUACAUCUACGGUCUGAGUUUUCACGCUUCCCCCACCAAGACCAUGCGCACAAAGCAUCAGAUUCGCACACACACCUUCAGGGAAAAGGUACUUCAGCCAAAACUCGGUCCGUACAUGGAAAUCAAACAUCACGUUGAGAUCAACAUCGACAGCUACCUUCUAAAGCUUGAGACGGAUCUGCUUGAGAAGUGCGAAUCGGUGUUCGAGCACAUCCUCCAUGACUUCAACAAUGUAUGUCCUCAACGCGCUGACGACACUCCCGGAGCAACAAAGAGAAGAGCUGCUCUGGGUAAGAUUGUCGAACAGGCGAAAGGAACAUUGGACGGCAAUAUCAGAAUGAAGUUGCUAGAGUGUGGUCUCGAGCUUGACUGAGGUCUUGCGCGGUUGCAGUACGCUUACGUGGUAGCGUAGGGUGUGCAUAUACAGUACAGAUGAGGUCUCGGGUAUAGGAAUCUCCUGUUUGGGUAUCAGAGCGGG